AUGUCAAACGCAAUGAACGGGAUUAUGAAGCAUUACGUCCCUGCUUGGGAUGGGUAUCCGGUGACACUGUCCGAAACCAUCAUGGCUACUACACAGUACACUCGCGAAGUCUACAAUGCACCGCUACGAAAGCACUUCAAAUUGCGAUUCCCGGCUCUAAAUGUGCAUUGGCGAAACAAGGCUGUUGCAACGGAUACUAUCUGGUCAGACACACCUGCUGUUGACAACAGAGUCAAGUUUGCACAACUGUUUGUGGGGAGACAUUCCUUAGUCACCAAUAUUUAUCCCAUGAAAACAGACAAGGAGUUUGUCAAUGCCCUUGAAGACAAUAUUUGCCAUUGUGGAGCUAUGGAUAAACUUCUGAGUAAUCGAGCCCAAGUCAAAAUCAGUAAGAAGGUUGCUGAUAUUACACAAGCCUACAACAUUGACCAAUGGCAAAGUGAACCUCAUCAUCAACAUCAAAAUUCUGCCAAACGCCGUAUUGCUACUAUUGAAGCUAAUACCAAUAAUGUUCUUAACAAAACCGGUGCUCCUGAUUCCACUUGGCUCUUGUGCAUUGCCUACAUUUGCCAUGUCUUCAACCAUUUGUCCCAUGAAUCCUUGCAUGAUUGUACACCGCUCGAAAUUCUUCUUGGUAGCACCCCUGAUAUCAGCGUACUUCUCCAGUUUCAUUUUUGGGAACCGGUGUACUACCGUAUCAAAGAUGCAUCUUUCCCUUCAAAUGGUACCGAAAAGAACGGUCGCUUUGUUGGCAUUGCUGAAUCUGUUGGGGAUGCUCUCACUUACAAAAUCCUCACAGACAACACCGACAAGAUCUUAUACCGCUCUAGUGUGCAUUCCGCAUCAAAAGCAGGAGAAACCAACCUAUGCCUUAUGCCACAGGAUGGGGAGAGAUCUACCCGGUUUCACCCCUGA